AUGGCCUCUGCCACUGAUAUACAAAGCACAAUAUCUGCCGCCCUCCAGCAGCAAGCUCAACAGUUAGAAUCUCAACUUGCGGCUUGGGAUGAAUUUAUCUCCAAGCUUAUGGAGAAGGUAGAGCUUAAAGAAACAGAAGCGUCAUCCACCUCAUCUCCGAAGCCGGAUAAGGGGAACCAUGUAUCCAAGGGGUUUGUGACCUCGUCUCAACCCCUUGGACUCUACACACCCCAUCAACACACCCAGUCAUCCAUGGGACUGGGAGUACAUCUCCCAUGGAUGAUAAACACCCCCAUCAAGGACUGA